UACGACGGACUAUAGUUAGGUAUAUAGUAUACUGUGGUGAACGAUAACUUUAGGUGAAAAUUUUGCUAAAAUCAAUAAUAAAUAAUGCUUCCGCCAUUGUGUACUGAUUAUAAUAUUUUCAGCGUUUUGUAAAUAGCUGUAAGGUUUAAAUGAAAAUGCAACGAUUUUAUAUUUUAUACAUCGAACCACUAUCUCUAUUAUAACAAUGAACGUGUGUUGUAAAGUAAUUGUAGUGCUUCUUUCAAUUAAAUCUGUGCAUCUUUAUUGUGGUCCAUACAAUGGACAAAUUUGCAAGCACUAUUCAACUGGGUUUGUAUGGUACAACCAUACUGGAGGCCUUGAAAACGAAAAGAUCACAACCGGGCUAUGGAGGGAAAUGAUAUCCACUUUAAAGGAACCUUGUCGAAGUAAAGCAGAAAAACUGUUGUGUGCUUAUGCCUUCCCUAAGUGCAUCAUUAGAGACGGUGAAGGUUAUUUUGCAUUGCCACUGUGUUAUGAAGACUGUAUGGCUGUCAAAAUGCAAUUCUGUUACAAUGAUUGGAUAGUCAUUGAAGAACAGAAACGCCGGGGUGUAUUCUUCGAGUCUAGAGGACACUUUAGGUUUCCAGAAUGUGAAAACCUUCCUAAAUUUUCUGGUAAGGGUUCACAAGUAAGUUGUAACAAUGCAGGCAUCAUAGAUAUGGACUACAGCCAAGUGACAACUACAUGCAUUAGAGGAAAUGGCCGAUAUUACCAGGGUACUAUAAACGUCACUGAGAGCGGUCUAGCUUGCCAGGCAUGGGAAUCACAGCAUCCUCACCAACAUACAAGACCACCUUUAGUAUUUCCUGAAGUUCAAAACGCAACUAAUUACUGUAGAAAUGCUGGUGGGGAGGAGCGGAAGCCCUGGUGCUACACCAUGGACCCGAAUGUUAGGUGGGAGACUUGUGACAUACCAACAUGUGCCAAUUUUAGUGAAGAAAUAGACAAUAUGAAUGGACCAAUGAUUAUGGAAAAUUAUUUUACUCCUAGUUUUGUCUUGCUGCUUUCCAUUGGCGGUCUUGGAUGUAUUCUAGGUAUAGCAUCUAUAGCUCUUUUAUGCCACUAUUUUUUGAAAACCCAUUACUCUAAAUGUAAUAUGUCGAGCCGUAGAAACUUGCAAAAUGUUGAUAUAGACUUGGACAAGCUACCGAGUAACCUGGCUUAUCACACAACCGGUGCGCAACUUAAUCCUAAGUUGGAGAAACUGGAGUUUCCCAGAAAUAACAUUAUUUACAUCAGGGACUUGGGUCAGGGUGCAUUCGGAAGAGUUUUUCAAGCCAAAGCACCAGGCUUGGUUCCUGAAGAAGAAUUCACUUUGGUUGCAGUUAAAAUGCUCAAGGAUGAAGCGUCGCAUGAUCUACAACUAGACUUUGAAAGGGAAGCUUGUUUAUUGGCUGACUUUGAUCAUCCCAAUAUUGUCAAAUUACUAGGUGUGUGUGCUAUAGGACGCCCUAUGUGUCUGUUAUUUGAAUAUAUGGGAAAAGGUGACUUGAAUGAGUACUUGAGAGCAUGCAGCACAGCAACUAACUUUCCACCUGGUGUUGAAAAUAGAGAGGAUUUAAGGCUUCUCGUUGCCCCUUUAACUCAUAUGGACCUUCUACAUGUCGCUAGGCAGAUUGCUUCUGGAAUGGUAUACCUCUCAGACAGAAAAUUUGUACACCGUGAUUUAGCGACUAGGAACUGUCUUAUUAAUGAUGAUAUGGUCGUUAAAAUUGCCGAUUUUGGAUUGUCACAUAAAAUAUAUUUACAAGAUUAUUACAAAGGAGAUGAACAUGAUGCUAUUCCUGUGCGAUGGAUGCCUUUAGAGAGCAUAUUGUACAAUAAAUACACAUUAGAGUCAGAUGUAUGGGCAUAUGGUGUAUGUCUGUGGGAAAUAUUUUCGUUUGCCCUACAACCUUACUUUGGUAUGACCCAUGAAGAAGUAGUAAGGUUUUUAAAAGAUGGCAAUGUCCUCGCUUGCCCUGACAAUACUCCGAGAUGUGUUUAUGAUUUGAUGAAACAAUGCUGGAAUCAUCACCCCAGUGAUCGUCCAAAUUUUAGAAUAAUAUACCAAACACUGGACAAUAUACAAAUGAUACUGGAGCGAAGUCAUUCAAAUUGAUUCAGUUUCUUUUACUGAAUUACUAAACUUGAUUACUAAGAUUGGAUAUGAAAGAAAUAUUUUAUGUAUCAUUAUUCUAUUGUAUUCAAGAUCAUGUUUCUUGUCUUGCCCUUAGAUGUAAAUAAAGAGCCUUAGGUAACCAUUCCUUUAAUGUUCUGUACAUGUAAAUGUAAUCCUAAGUAUUGACUGUGUUGGUUAAUUUACAGCAAGUGAUUCAAUCUCUCAAGUUUGUCUGUGGUGAUUAAUUAUUUUGUUAUGACUUUGAAUGCUUAAAACAUGACACAAAUUGCUAGAAUUUAGUUCUAUAAAUAUUUUGCACAGUAAACAUAUGAUAAGACUUAAUGUUCUAGCACCCCUCAGGGCCAUUAUAGCUUAUCAGUAUUGUUUUUAGAAUUGUAGCUAUUUUAACAAUAAUCAGCAGUAUCAAUAUAACAAGACUGAUUUUCGUUACUAUUGUUUCCUUGUAGGUUAUGCUAAUGUUUGUUUAAUUUAUGAUAAUUAUUUUAAGAUGCAAAUGUAUAAGUUCUCAAAAAAAAAUUUAUUUUAGAAAUCUGUAAAUUUAAUUUACUUAAAUGUAUAUUACAAAAAAGCAUUACGAUAAAAGUUAUAUCCUUGAUUGCCAAAAAAUGAGUCACUGUGAAAAUGGUGGAUUACCUAUCAGUGAAAUUAAAACUUUGAUUUUAGUUUUACAGGUGAAAGUAAGCAACUGCUAAUUUGUACUUACCUAUUUCCAUAAAAUCACACAUUAAUGUAAACAUGAAGAAAAUAUUUAUUUUCCUUUUCUAGUUUUUAAACUAUGAGACAUUUUACCAAAAACUAAGUUUGCUUACAAUAGACAUCAAAAAUGUAGGUGUGUUAACAGUAAGGAAUAUUAUUUAAAAAUAAUUUUGCAAGAAAGCCAUCCAAUAGUCCAAGGAUAAAACAUUGGGUUAAUUAAUAUCACUGCCAAAUAGAAAUUGUAUAAACUUUUAUUUCAUAUUGUAAGUAUAUUUAAUCUGUUUUUUAUAAUUCUCUUACAAUUUGUAUUUUUAUGAAACAAUUAUACAUAUUUUAAUUUAUUAAGUUGUGUUUGACGUUAAGAAUAAAUGAUUCGAUUUUUAAUAA